AUGAAAAAACAUAAAAGUGAAAAUUUGUAGGAUUAUUGUGUUUUUUAUAAAGAUAAAGGACUUCCUCCUAUGCACAAGACAGAUUAAUUUAAAAAGGCUUUAAUUUUAGAUUCAAUCAAGGAUUAGGAGCAUCCUCUUAAUCAAAUAAUUGAAAAAAAAUAAAUUUUUGUGCCAUUUAUUAAUGAAAGGGAUAGUAUGGGAAAAUUGAUUUCAAGCGAAUCUUAUCAUAGAAAAAGAAAAAGUGAUAUCACAAGUCUUUUUAAUUCUCCAAAAAAUAGUCACGAUUUCUUAAGUAAAAACUCCAUAUCAAAUACUUGUAGUAUUUAUGAAAAUUAACUACCUGCUGCAAAAUAAAAAUUAAAAAAUCUUUUAGGAAGUACUCCUGAAAAUACUGAAUUAUUUUAAUCUACUUUAUUGGCAAGUCAAUUCGAAUUUAAACAAUCUUUUUAGUUUCAUUCAAAACGCAAUCAACUUACCUUAAGAACUCAUAAAAAAAAUAAUAGUUUAUAAAAUAAGCUCCCUGUAUUUAUCAAAUAGCAUAAAACUAAUUAAUUUAAAUUAUUCAAGCAACCAAACACUCCUUUAGCUACAAGAUUUUAUUAAAGCAACUUUAUAAUUGAAAUGUUCAAUUAAAAUAAGUAAUUCAUAUUUUUAUUUUAAUUAGAAUUGAAGAGCAUAAACUUUAUUACAUAUUGCUGAUGGAAAAAAUGUAAAAGUUCUAAAAUGAAUUGAUAAAAUAAUUAUCAGCUAACGAAAGAAGGAGAACGUUCGUUAAAUUGGAUGGAAAUAGAAGAUUUAAACUUAGUCUAUUAUUACUUAUAUCCAAACCACGCAUUUAAUAUCAGAUGUUAUAAUGAUUCGUAGAUAAUUUAUAUAUGAUAAUAGAGGAG